GUAACGCUGACGCAAAAUCUAGUCGACCAGCGACAGGAGGGAUGGGAGCCCUUCGGUAGGAGCUUGAGCCAAUCGGAAAGCAGGAGCCGGUGGGCUCCGUGGAUUCUCCUUCCUUCCUCUUGCCGUUGGAGUCGCCCCAUGCUCGAGAAUUAUGGAUCCAAACUUGUUACGAGAACGAGAACUUUUCAAGAAACGAGCACUGUGUACUCCUGCUGUAGAGAAACGUCCAGCACCUUCUUCUGAUUCCUCAUCUUCUAAAAAGAAGAAAGCUAAAGUAGAACAGGGUGGUUCAUCAAGCUCAAAACCAAAUGCAGACCACAGCAAUGGAUCUUUUAAUUUGAAAGCUCUUUCUGGGGGCUCUGGCUACAAGUUUGGAGUUCUUGCAAAGAUAGUGAAUUAUAUGAAGACACGACAUCAACGUGGUGACACCCACCCAUUAACUCUGGAAGAAAUAUUAGAUGAAACACAGCACCUAGAUAUUGGACUGAAGCAGAAACAGUGGUUAAUGAGUGAGGCCCUUGUCAACAAUCCUAAAAUAGAAGUUGUUGAUGGGAAAUACGCUUUCAAGCCUAAGUAUAACUUAAAAGAUAAAAAGGCCCUGCUGAGGCUUUUGGAUAAGCAUGACCAGCGAGGGUUAGGAGGAAUACUUUUGGAAGAUAUUGAGGAAGGGCUACCUAAUGCACAAAAAGCAAUUAAGGCUUUAGGAGACCAGAUCAUCUUUGUUACCCGUCCUGAUAAGAAGAAAAUUCUUUUCUACAACGAUAAGAGCUGUCAAUUUACAGUGGAUGAAGAAUUUCAAAAACUUUGGAGGAGUGUUCCUGUGGACUCCAUGGAUGAAGAGAAGAUAGAAGAAUAUCUGAAACGGCAGGGUAUUUCUUCCAUGCAAGAUGUAGGCCCAAAGAAAAUAGUUCCAAUCCAGAAGAGGAAGAAGCCAGCUUCUCAGAAGAAACGGAGGUUCAAAACUCACAAUGACCAUUUGGCUGGUGUAUUGAAGGAUUAUUCUGAUGUUGUUCCUGGCAAAUAAAUUGGUCUUCUGAACUGAA